CCUGAAAUCUUUGUGUUUUUGCCUCUGGAGGCUGUCUGUAAACGAGGGUUUUGUUGCUGUGAAUUCUCGCCUUGCCUCGGAAUGCUACAGGGGCCAAGGAUGUUGCUGCAUUAAAGCAUUACGGCUCCAGAGAGACUGAUCACUUUUAAAAAGAGGGAUGAAUUUCUCCGUGACCAAAUCAAAGCUGUGACCUGAAGGCAAAAGCCAGAGGAUUAACAUCCCAGGGUUGAGGUGUGGUGAGGGGCCAGUUUCUGUUUGCUUGGCACCAUGGUGGCCCUGUCACUGAAGAUCUGUGUCCGCCAGUGCAAUGUCGUCAAGACAAUGCAAUUCGAACCUUCCACCGUGGUUUACGACGCCUGUCGUAUAAUUCGAGAGCGUGUGCCCGAGGCUCAGUUUGGACAAGCCUCUGAUUUUGGAUUGUUCCUGUCGGAUGAUGAUCCAAGGAAGGGGAUUUGGCUGGAGUCUGGCCGCACCCUAGAUUAUUAUAUGCUUCGCAAUGGGGACAUUCUAGAGUAUAAGAAAAAGCAAAGGCCACAGAAAGUGAGGAUGCUGGAUGGAGCAGUGAAGACUGUCAUGAUUGAUGAUUCCAAAACUGUCGGUGAACUACUUGUCCCUAUUUGUAGCAGAAUAGGCAUCACAAAUUAUGAAGAAUAUUCUUUGAUCCAAGACACGAUUGAAGAGAAAAAGGAAGAUGGAACAGCUACACUGAAGAAGGAUAGAACUCUGUUACGGGAUGAGAAAAAGAUGGAGAAGUUAAAAGCAAAGCUUCACACUGACGAUGACCUGAACUGGUUGGACCACAGUCGAACCUUCAGAGAGCAAGGAGUUGAUGAAAAUGAAACGCUGCUGUUAAGACGCAAGUUUUUUUACUCUGACCAGAAUGUUGAUUCCCGAGACCCAGUGCAGCUUAACCUGCUGUAUGUACAGGCUCGGGAUGAUAUUCUCAAUGGAUCACAUCCGGUUUCCUUUGAGAAAGCCUGUGAGUUCGGGGGCAUUCAGGCUCAGAUCCAGUUUGGACCCCACGUGGAACACAAACACAAACCUGGAUUUCUAGAUCUGAAGGAGUUCCUGCCAAAGGAGUACAUUAAGCAGAGGAGUGCAGAAAAGAAGAUAUUUCAGGAACACAAGAACUGUGGGGAAAUGACUGAGAUUGAAGCGAAAGUUAAAUACGUUAAGUUGGCUCGCUCACUCCGAACCUAUGGAGUAUCAUUCUUUUUGGUGAAGGAAAAAAUGAAGGGGAAGAACAAACUGGUUCCUAGACUUCUGGGCAUUACCAAAGAUUCAGUGAUGAGAGUUGAUGAAAAGACCAAAGAAGUGAUGCAGGAGUGGCCACUCACCACCGUUAAACGCUGGGCAGCCUCUCCAAAGAGUUUCACUCUGGAUUUUGGAGAAUACCAGGAGAGCUACUAUUCUGUUCAGACUACCGAGGGUGAACAGAUCUCUCAGCUAAUCGCUGGCUAUAUCGACAUCAUCCUCAAGAAGAAGCAAAGUAAGGAUCGAUUUGGACUCGAGGGAGAUGAAGAGUCAACAAUGUUGGAAGAAUCUGUUUCUCCAAAAAAGUCCACCAUAUUGCAGCAGCAGUUUAAUAAGACGGGGAAGAUCGAGCAUGCGUCUGUGGCGCUGCCGGCUGUGAUGAGGCCAGGCGCAGGGGGGCCGGAGAGCUUUAACACGGGCACCAUGCCAGCUCCACAGCAGCAGAUCCUGAGUGGGCAGAUGCACCGGGGCCACAUGCCCCCACUGACCUCAGCACAGCAAGCAUUAAUGGGAACCAUUAACUCCAGUAUGCAAGCGGUCCAACAAGCACAGUCUGACCUAACUGAGAUAGAUAAUUUACCCCCACUGGGACAGGACAUGGCAUCGAAGGUGUGGGUCCAGAACAAAGUGGACGAGUCAAAACAUGAGAUUCACUCGCAGGUUGAUGCGAUCACUGCAGGGACUGCAUCUGUUGUCAAUCUCACGGCUGGAGAUCCUGCAGACACUGAUUACACUGCUGUUGGCUGUGCUAUUACUACCAUUUCUUCCAAUCUCACGGAAAUGUCUAAGGGAGUGAAGAUGCUGGCUGCCCUAAUGGACGAUGAUGUUGGAAGUGGACAGGACCUCCUGCGGGCAGCCAGAACAUUGGCUGGCGCUGUCUCCGAUCUACUGAAGGCAGUCGAGCCCUCGUCAGGGGAGACUCGGCAGACUGUCCUGACAGCAGCUGGAAGCAUUGGGCAGGCUAGUGGAGACCUUCUGCGUCAUAUUGGAGAGAGCGAAACGGACGAACGGUUUCAGGAUGUGCUGAUGAACUUGGCAAAGGCUGUGGCGAAUGCGGCUGCCAUGUUGGUCCUAAAGGCAAAGAACGUAGCCCAGGCGGCUGAAGAUAGCGUCCUGCAGAAUGGCGUGAUCACUGCUGCCACACAGUGUGCUCUCUCCACAUCCCAGCUGGUUGCCUGUGCAAAGGUGGUCAGUCCAACCAUCAGCUCCCCUGUGUGUCAGGAGCAGCUGGUCGAGGCUGGGAAGCUGGUAGAUCGCUCGGUGGAGGGCUGCGUCAAAGCCUGCCAGGCAGCAACGGAUGAUGCUGAGCUCCUGAAACAGGUCAGUGCCGCAGCGAGUGUGGUGAGCCAAGCCCUCAACGACCUCCUCCAGCAUGUGCGUCAGUAUGCCAGCAAAGGGGAACCCAUUGGACGCUACGACCAGGCUACUGACACCAUCAUGACGGUUACAGAGAGCAUCUUCAGUUCCAUGGGUGAUGCCGGAGAGAUGGUUCGGCAGGCUCGAGUGCUAGCUCAGGCUACGUCGGAUUUGGUGAAUGCCAUGCGAUCGGACGCAGAGGCAGAGAGCGAUGUCGAUAACUCGAAGAAGCUACUUGCUGCUGCCAAGCUUCUGGCCGAUUCCACAGCAAGAAUGGUAGAAGCUGCAAAGGGUGCCGCUGCUAAUCCAGAAAACCAGGACCAGCAGCAGAAGCUUCGUGAAGCAGCCGAGGGCUUGCGGGUCGUCACCAAUUCAGCAGCUCAGAACGCCAUCAAAAAGAAGCUGAUUAAUCGGCUGGAGAAUGCAGCCAAACAAGCAGCAGCUGCAGCAACGCAAACUAUUGCGGCAUCCCAGAACGCAUCGUCAUCCAAUAAGAACACAGCGGCACAUCAACAACUGGUCCAAAGCUGUAAGGCUGUCGCUGAUUAUAUACCUCAGCUGGUGCAAGGUGUCCGAGGGAGUCAAGCGGAGCCAGAGAAUCUUAGUGCCCAACUCGCUUUGAUUAUUGCCAGCCAAAACUUCCUUCAGCCUGGAAGUAAGAUGGUUUCCUCUGCUAAAGCCGCAGUGCCCACUGUCACUGACCAGGCCGCUGCCAUGCAGCUUGGCCAAUGCGCCAAGAACCUUGCCACAAGCCUGGCUGAACUCCGAACGUCUGUGCAAAAGGCUCAUGAAGCGUGUGGGCCCAUGGAAAUCGACUCUGCCUUGCAGUCAGUGCAGACCCUGAGGAAUGAGCUGCAAGAUGCCAAGACGGCAGCAGCUGAGGGGCAAUUGAAGCCACUGCCGGGGGAGACGCUGGAGAAAUGUGCUCAGGACCUGGGGAGCACAUCCAAGGCUGUUGGCUCUUCAAUGGCGCAGCUCCUAACCUGUGCAGCUCAAGGCAAUGAACAUUAUACAGGUAUCGCUGCCCGAGAAACAGCACAAGCUCUCAAGACGCUGGCAUCAGCAGCCCGUGGGGUGGCAGCCUCAACAGAUAACUCUCCGGCUCAGAAUUCCAUGCUGGAUACGGCUCGGGAUGUGAUGGAUGGAUCUGCCGUGCUGAUCCAGGAAGCCAAGCACGCGCUCGCCUCGCCCGGAGAUGCAGAGAGUCAGCAAAGGCUGGCACAGGUGGCUAAGUCUGUAUCUCACUCGCUGAACAGCUGUGUGAACUGCUUGCCAGGGCAGAAGGAUGUUGACAUGGCACUUAAAAGCAUUGGAGAGUCCAGCAAAAAACUGCUGGUUGACUCGUUGCCGCCGAGCAGCAAGAGUUUCCAGGAAGCUCAGAGUGAGUUGAAUCAAGCUGCUGCUGGCCUGAAUCAGUCAGCGGGUGAGGUUGUCCACGCUUCUCGGGGGACCAGCAGGCAAUUAGCUGCUGCAUCUGGCAAAUUCAGUGAAGAUUUUGAUGAGUUUCUGGACGCGGGCAUCGAAAUGGCUGGACAAGCUCAGACAAAAGAGGGUCAGAUCCAGGUCAUCGGUAACUUGAAGAAUAUCUCCAUGGCUUCCAGCAAAUUGCUGCUUGCUGCCAAGUCACUAUCUGUUGAUUCUGCUGCACCCAACGCCAAAAAUCUCCUGGCAGCUGCUGCUCGGGCUGUUACUGAGAGCAUCAAUCAGUUGAUUACACUAUGCACCCAGCAGGCUCCUGGCCAGAAGGAAUGUGACAACGCUCUCCGAGAGCUUGAGACGGUCAAAGGCAUGCUCGAUAAUCCCAAUGACCCUGUCAGUGACCUCUCCUACUUUGACUGCAUUGAGAGUGUGAUGGAGAACUCCAAGGUCCUUGGGGAGGCUAUGACAGGGAUCUCUCAGAAAGCCAAGACUGGUGAUCUUCCAGCAUUCGGAGAUUCUGUUGGCAUUGCCUCCAAGGCGUUGUGUGGCCUGACAGAGGCAGCAGCUCAGGCUGGUUACCUGGUUGGGAUAUCCGAUCCCAACAGCCAGGCUGGGCAUCAGGGGCUGGUGGAUCCCAUCCAGUUUGCUCGGGCCAACCAAGCGAUCCAGAUGGCAUGUCAGAAUCUGGUGGAUCCUGCAAGCAGCCCAUCACAGGUGCUGUCCGCUGCUACCAUUGUCGCCAAACAUACUUCUGCGUUGUGCAACGCGUGCCGGAUCGCCUCCUCCAAAACCGCCAACCCUGUUGCCAAGAGGCACUUUGUACAGUCGGCAAAGGAAGUUGCCAAUAGCACUGCAAACCUUGUGAAGACAAUCAAGGCUCUCGAUGGUGACUUUUCUGAAGAAAAUCGAGAAAAGUGCAGGUCAGCCACUUCUCCUUUAAUCGAGGCUGUGGAAAAUCUGACAGCAUUUGCCUCCAACCCAGAGUUUGUCAGCAUUCCAGCACAGAUAGGAGCAGAGGGUGCUCAGGCCCAGGAACCAAUCCUUGCAGCUGCACGAUCCAUGCUGGACAGCUCAUCGUCCCUCAUCAAAAGUGCCCGGUCGCUCGCAAUCAACCCAAAGGACCCACCAACCUGGUCCAUACUGGCAGGACAUUCUCGGACUGUGUCAGACUCGAUUAAGAGCCUCAUUACCUCUAUCAGGGAUAAAGCCCCAGGCCAGCGGGAAUGUGACUGUUCAAUCGACAACAUUAACAAGUGCAUCCGGGAGAUUGAACAAGCCUCCCUUGCAGCAGUCAGCCAGAACCUGCCAACCCGAGAUGACAUUUCAUUGGAGCUAUCUAUUGUGAAGGAGCAGCUUCUCCAGUUGUACGUGUAUGCCUGUGUUUAUGACAAUAUAACUGGUCAUUUACUUUCACCGCGUAUGAUCAAAGUGACAACUUGGGACCCGUGUGGAGAAGUUAUCAAGUUUGACCAGUAG